AAGCAACAGCUGAUGAUUUUCUAACCUCAACAUUUUUGAUAUUGAGCUCACAGCUCAGCUGUUUCUGUCUUCUACCAUGGAUCUCCGUAGUUUAGUUUUUAAGCCGAAAUUACAAUUAUUAGUUAGUACCUAUUUAUAAAUAAUGCAAUCUCAAUCUUAUCUUCAAAAUAGUGAGCUUAUUUAUCAAGUAACUAGCACUAUCAAAACAAGUUUCCUUGUGUGAUCAAUACUCUGUACAAAACUAAUCCAACUUAGCAUUUGAAGUUUAAUCACACGAAAUCAAAAUUGUGAUCCUACUAUUCUGCUUUGAGUUUCUUGUCUUGAACUGGAUCUCCGAAUGAAGAAGAAGUACUGCUUCAUCAGAUGCUAAGAUACCAGACAGCCACAGAAUGCUCAGGGGAAGAAGAGGGUGAAGAAGAAGGAGAAAAAAACGUAGAAAUUACGAAGAAUCGAAUCCGAAACUAGACGACCAGGCAUGGUAAACGCAGAGCGCACAACAAAAACGAUCGAUGUUGUCACCAACGACAACAACAUGAACAACAGGACAUCGUCGACGACAAAUGUCGAUAAUUUUAUCGAUAUUUUGAGUCAAAAUUUGAACAAAUAUUUGAAAAACUCCGAUGGCAUUAAGGAGUUUGCCUGUGGUUGGGGAGCGGCCCUUAUCAAUAUUGGAAUUACGUUUCCGAUUAAUAAGAUCAUUUUCAGACAGAUGCUGCACAACAUGCACGUAGGAGGCGCCUACAAGCAGAUCAAACAAGAGGGCUUCGUGUUCCUGUACCGGGGCAUCCUGCCGCCCCUCAUGCAGAAGUCGAUCAGCACUUCGGUCAUGUUCGGCAUUUACGAGAGUUGCCGAAAGCCGCUAGUCAGUCACGGCCUCCCCGUUCCCCUCAGCAACGCCACUGCAGCCAUGCUGGCCGGCACAAUCGAAGCGGUGCUCACUCCGUUCGAACGCGUUCAAACGCUCCUACAAGACCAACACUACCACAAACACUUCCGGAAUACUAACGACGCCAUGAGGAAUAUCCUCGUACAUCAUGGGUUUAAAGAGUACUAUCGUGGUUUGGCUCCUAUUCUACUACGCAACGGUCCUUCCAACGUUUGUUUCUUCGCCCUGAGAGACCUAGCAAUCGAAAACAUCCCAGACUCUAGCCGGUGGUACCUCAACGCCAUGAAACAGUUUCUUAUAGGGGCCGUGAUUGGUAGUUUUAUUAGCACCAUAUUUUACCCGUGUAAUGUAUUGAAGGUUCAUGUACAGAGUCGGCUGGGAGGUCCCUAUCAAGGUAUAUGGGAUGCCACCAGGGAGAUAUAUAGGGAGAGAGGUGGCAGUAUGACUAGUUUCUAUAGAGGUGUGCAUAUGAACUACACGAGAUCGUUUAUUAGUUGGGGAAUCAUCAAUGUUGCAUAUGACGCACUAAAGAGUAUGGUGGAUUAAGAAGAUGGAAUUACAAUUUGUGAACCACCCAAGAUCUUUUAUUGGAAACUCAUUGGGGUUUCACAUUAUGUAAGAUGAUGGGAGAUCAUUAAUGUUGUCUAUGAGGCACUGAAGAGUAUGGUGGAUUAAAAAGAUGAAAUUAAAAAGAAAUUACAAUUUGUGAACUACCCGAGAUCUUUUAUUUCAAAAUCAUUGAGAUUUCACAUCAUGAAAGAUGGUGGUAGAUCAUCAAUGUUGCCUAUGACGCAUUGAACAGUAUGGUAGAUUGAAAAGAUGAAAUGAAAAAGAAAUCACAAUUUGUGAUCUACCCAAUAUCUUUUAUUGGAAAAUCAUUGGGAUUUCACACAAUGAAAGAUGGUGGGAGAUCAUUAAUGUUGUCUAUGACGCUCUGAAGAGUAUGGUGGAUUAUAAGAAGAUAAAAUGAAAAAUGAAUAAAAAUGUUGGAAGAUUUUCGCUCAUAAUUGAAACAAGAAUUGAUUUUUAGGAACGGUCAGGCAACAACUUUUCAAUUGAUGUUACUUUGUCAUGAUGAAACACUAAAUAAUAAAUUUGUUGUAGUUCUAACACUGUGUAUAUCUGUAAAUAUUAGAAAAAAACACUUACUUUUUAUGAUCAAAUGAAUUGUUUCAAAAAUAUUUUCAAAGAUACACUGUGUCAAACUACAUCAAAGUUAUUAUAUAGUGUUUCAUCAUUGCAAAACAACAUCAAUUGAAACAUGCUGUUGGCAUACCGUUCCUAAAAAUCAAAUCGUUUCGGAAACCUGAAAUUUUACAGAUUUUUGUAAAACUUUGGGUUGGAUUGAGCAGAUAUUAGUUUAUGGUAUGGUUUGAAAUGUGACAGGGGCGAAAAUGAAUGUUCUUUUCCUUCACAAUGCCCUGAAGUGUUUAAUAAUAUUAAACAAUAUAUUAUAUUGAAUGUGUUGUGAAGUUGAUGAGGUAGGUAUCCACAUUGAAUAAAACGUCUUGAAAUUGUCAUGAUUACUUAUUUAUUAAAAAAAUAAACUAUUCAGUUUUUUGCAGAUUGGAAUUUUUUCAAUAAAUAAGUGGUUGUGACAAUACUUCCACGUCGGCUUAUUUAAUUUGGGUUGAAGUACAUGUUUUACAACUGUGUGGUUUUUUUAGCUAUUGUGAGUUAGGAUUUAAAUGAUUUUGGAAGUAAAUAUGGCUGACCGAAUUGUAUAGCUAAGUUAGUGUAGAAUGAUUGAUUUGUUUCAUUUUUUGUAAUCCAUGUGGAAUAGAAGAAUCUAUCACAUUUUUGAUCGAUUUCAAAUAGAAUAGCUUCCAAUAAUGCAAAGGUAUCCAAACUAUAAAUGUUGGAGGUCGUAUGAAAUAAGUUUGAAUUGUUUUAAAGAGAUUCGAUUCCCUUUUGAUGAAAUGAAUAUUGUCUCAUUUCAUUUUUCAUACCAAUUCGAGCAAAAUAAAAAAAUUGAAAAGUUAACGUGCAGUGAAAAUGCUUUAUUAUUUAAAUUCGUAAUUUAUAAGUUCAGAAUAAAUCGUGUCAUAAAUAUAAAAAGUGAAAAAUAAAGUCCUUAAGUUUUAAACUUAUUCUUUUCAAAUGCAUAAUUUUAAAUUGUUAUUUUAAUCAUGAACUUACACUGUAAAAAUUGAAGCUGUUGUAACCUUGAAACUAAUGAAAAAUAGGUAUAAUUUGUAUUGUAAAAAUAGAAAAUAGGUGCUAAGUUUUAAGAAUGGAAUCACUCACUUUGUAAUUAUGAUUUUAAUUUGUGAAAUCAAAGAAUUGAUAAGUCUAUAUCUAAUCUUCUAAUCACGGCAAAUUAAUAACAUUCAAAUUCCCGAUUUUAAAUUUUUAAUCUUUUUUAAAUAAUUUAUUGGCCAAUUUUAAACUUUUUAAUGUAUAAAAAAGCAUAAACGAAUGUAACUUCGGUCAUCAACAAGAUGAAAAAUAUAAAUGAACUCAAACGAAUCUUCACAAUCGACGAAGGAUUCCUAAAUUGAAAUCCUGAAGAACGAAAAAUCGAAGAAUAACGCCAAUUUCCACAAACAAAAAAUGGAGCAACAUAUUCACGAACAAUUCUAUAUUAGUUGUAGUGUGUUACAGUAGGCUAGGCAGUAUUGAUUUACUGUUCCUUUCAAACCAAAAUUUAGAGGAAAAAGUUAUGAUAGAUAGAAAUGAGUAUAUUCAAAUAUUAUAAAUUCACAAAAUGAUACCUCUUCUGUUUUGUUAACUCAUUCAUGAGCAAUGUCACUUUUUUAACAAUAAAUAUCUAUUUAAAACUGUGAUAAAUUAUGAAAAUCCACCAACAGAAGCCAAACUAUAAAUUAAUAAAGAAUUGCAACUAACACCAUUUAAAAUGGUUCAAGUCUGAAGUUGAAGUGGGUAGUCAGUAAACAUGGCUUGACUGUUAACUGAUUUUCAAAGACAUUUUUUAUUUUUGACAAUGUCCAAGUAAAACGUAAUGAAAUAAAAACACUCACAUAUAUCGUCAAAUCCCACAGCUUCAUUUGGUACAGGACCAUGCAUGGCUUCGUGACUACACAGGUUACAUUUUCAAGCUAAACUGAAACAUCGACAGUGACUCAGUCGAAUUUUCAAAACAUAAUGGGCUAAACGAAUCAAUCUAUCUUGCCACGGUUAACAUACGAUUUAGGGUGGGUUCCGAACCACUAAGUAGAUUACUCCUACAAUUAUCUUAUAAAUGACUGGAUUCGUCAUCUCCAGUUGUGUGCUGUAUUUUAUUUAUAAGUACAAAAUUAGGAUUAUUUUGUCUUUUAGUCCAUACCAUGUAUUCUAGGUAAAUAAUAUCCUCAUGUAUAAAAUAAUAUUAAUCUCCCAACUUCUUAACCUCAAAUCUAAUUUAUCAAUAAAUAAAUACAGUGCAAUACUAGAAAUACUGUACAAUUCUUAUUAUAUAGACAUAAAUUAUUUCAUGGCACAAAACUAGUUUUUUAUCAAUUUAUUUUAAUUUUAAAUCUUGUAGUAUACAAAGUUCCUUGAUGGAAUAAUUUGUGUUCAUAAUGUAUCUGGUACAUGAGAAUUAUUUAUUAAAUUUUCAAACGUAAAUUUAUGGUUAAUAGUUGGUGUGCCAAUAUAAUAUUGUUGAUUGUAUAUAAUAUAUACUAGUUGCUAUCAAAUUAAUUGAAUGUGGUAAAUGUUUAGGUUUUGAAACUAGAGUUGUAUAUAUUUCAAUUUUGAUCAAUGAAUUACUGAAGGAUUAAAUCUUGAAUAUUUAUAAACAUGUAGACAUUGGAAUCAGGUUCUAUACUUCGGUACUCUAAUCAAUUUUUUCUAUAAUAAAUUGGUUGUUCCUCCUAGCCAAGAUAGGCUACGGUACCUCUAUGGACCUUCUAUACACUAGGAAACCCUGAUUUAGGUAGCACCCUAGCGAACAUAUAUAUAUUUUCAAUCUUCAGGAGUAACUUCAUGUAAAUAUAUCAAUACAAGGAAUUCAGAUAAUUAUUUUUAAAACUAUCUAUUUCGUUCAGGUACAAAUAUACUUGUCAGUGAGUUAUGAUUCUACUUUAGAGAUUUAUUGUGUUAUUUUUGUUGAUUUGUUGUUUUUAUAAUUUAUGGUUGUAAAUUAUUUUUGGUACCUAUAUAUAAAUAGAAUACUCUGCUACCUAUAAUAAUCCCUAUGAAAUGUUUGACCUAUAGGAUUGAGGAAUUUGCUAGUAGAUAAAUUGACAAUAGAUGCUCCAAGUUCAUAAGCUGUAAACCUCUUUAAUUUGUAAUAUUUAUAUGUGUUGUAUUUUAAAUAAAUAAUAUGUAGGGAAAAUAAAAUCAACAAUUCGAGCAAUAACAAAUUUUGAAACGCCUUUAGAGAAACAUAAAAUUUACUAUUCAAAUGUAUUUUACUAUUGUUCAAUAAUAUUGUGACAUAUUUGUCAGAGGUAUCUUUCAUAUUCAAGCUAUUCAUUCAUAGACAAUAGAUACGGUACAAUCCAGGUAAAAACAACUAAUAACACUUCUUGGUUAUUCAAUAUGAAUGAUGAUUCGAAUUUAAAAAUCAUAAAUGUCAACAUGAAUCAUGAAUCCUUUUUUCUCGGUAUUUAUUUGCAAAUAAUCAUUAUCUCAUAAAUAAUAUCGUGUGACCUGGCUGGCUCAGGUCUGGUGUCAGCGUUUUCAGGUCGCAACUGAUCAAUUUCAGGGCCUUAUGAUUUCAUGAAAAUGGUUUGAUAAAAACUUCAAACUUAUCUUAGUUGUAUUUUUAAAUCUAAAUAUCUCACCCCCACAUUAUAGACCUUCAAAACGUCUUCUUAUAGUAUUUUUCAUCAUCCAUCAAAUCUAUUUAUUUUUGUAAUUUAUCAUAAAACCAAGUAAAUAUUCCCUCAUAGAACAUAUAACUAGGCUACUUGUUGGAAUAAUAAUGUUAUAGUUUUUUAAAUAGCAGCAUGUUUGUGAUUGUACAAUAGAUGUCAUUGUGUUGUUUAUAAAUAUGUAUAAAUCUGUUGAAUAAAACUGAUUGAAAAUAU